CCGUGAUCCGGUGCCCGCUGUGUCCUCCAGACAGAGGAACACCGAUCGCUGUAUGGGACCUCUCUGUGUGAGGUACCGAUCAUGUGAUCACUGAUUGGUCAAUCAGUGAUCACAUGAAUAGUACAGUGUCACAUGAUCGGGUCCCAUACGACGAUCGGUGUUCCACUGUGUCCGGAGGACACAGCGGGCACUGGAUCGCGGUGCUGCGCGCUCCCAGGGAGCUCGCACAAGCAGGGGAUGGGGAGGCCGUUUAU